AUGGCUGUAACACUAAAGCGGAAACGAGUCGCUGUCUCGUACAAGGAACCGAGCAGCGACGAUGACCUUUCUGAGAGUUCUAACCAUGAGCGAACCACCCAAAAGCGAACUGUUCCCUCUCGCCGAUUAACUCGGCGCAUGCGCGCUACCGACCAAGUUUCGAGUGAAAGCGAACAUGCAUCGCCAGAGCCUGUCCCAGUCAAACGCAAGCAGCCCUCUAGAAAUCCACAGAGACGAGGUAAAGGGGCUGUUUCAUACAAGGAUAUCAGCUCAGAUGAAGACGAAGAAGACCCCGAUGCGGACUUCGAGAUAGAGCAAGAGCGAAUGAUGGCGGUGCGAACAAGGUCAAGACCGAGUGCGCCACCGUCAUCUAAGAUACAAAAGAAGCGCGCACCUAGAGACAGGCGCACUCGACGUGCUGUCCUGGGCGCACCGCUUGCGCCGAACGAGGAAGCGCAGGUUGGGUGGCGAGUGACUGACAUCCCCACGGAUGGAUGCGUACCUGCAUGGGCCUCACUUCCCUACCACGUACUCCUUCAGAUAUUCGUCUAUGCCUCACAUCCACUUCAUGAUGAGAAUAUGAAACCCACUUCUGCGAUACCUUGGCUAGUACAAAUGGCUAGAAUGUGCUCUACAUUCGCAAAACCGGCCUUGACGGCGCUCUAUCGCAACCCGCCGAUAUUUGCCACCAGGCAGUCUCGAAAAGAUCUUGUUCGCCAUCUCAUUGCGCCUCCACAGGGAGCAUAUGACGACUAUCGGGUCAUGGUAAAGCGAUUGGAGCUGGACGCCACACAAAUGACUACACUCACGGACUCGACCAAUAGCGUGACAGAUCUGGCAGCUCUGGUCCAGUCACUGACAACACUGCGUGAAAUUGACAUUUUUGACCCCAUGGACAGACCGCCGUUCCGCCCACGGCUUCGGCGAAUCCGCCGGUGGGUAUACCCAAGUGAGCUUUUUGACGCCUUACGCCAGACGAAUCUGCGAUUAAGAAGCUGGCGAUGGAACAGUACUUUCUGUAACCAGGGCCCUCUAUGGAUCAAAAGCAUCCAUACAGAUAGCGCGUUUCAGAGCCUCCGCGAUGUGACCUUGACAAAAUUCCACCCUGAAGUUAGCCAAGGUGAUAGCGAUGAUGUUGAAGCUCCACCAACGAUAGAAGAGCUAUUGGCGUCUGCACUGGCCGUGCUUCCCCAGUUAAGAAGCUUGUCGUUCGAGACGUGUGGAGUUGUCAGUGGGCGGCUCCUACCCCUGUUACCGAGCAACCUUGUCAGCCUGAACAUUACCGCUUGCGGCGAGCUACUCUCUGAUGCAUUCCAAGCCUUUUUGGCUACGCAUGGUGCACACCUGGAAGAGUUGGUGCUUAAUCACAACCAAGCUCUCGAUUUGUCUUUCCUCGUCGAUCUUAAGCGGUCAUGUCCCAAGCUCGAGAUUUUGAGAAUGGACACAACGUACUACAGCUCUCUAGCCAUGUCUUCGGACAACGAACCCCUCUACGAAACCCUUUUGGGCGAGAAUGAGAUUCCUACGUGGCCAUGCACGCUGCGGACGCUGGACCUGCAGUAUCUACGGAACUGGAACUCAACAUCAGCUGCCAACCUGUUCAAGUCGCUAAUUGACUCUGCCGAGAAUCUUCCCUUUCUUCAAGAAAUCACCAUCAUAGCAAUGGUUGACACCGACUGGCGACAGAGAGCAGAGUUCAGACAGACAUGGACGGCCAAGUUCAAGAAAGUGUUUGCAAAGAAAUGGGAAGCAGCGAAUCCUCAUCUCGCCUCGCUACGGGCAUUCCGGGAAUGGAAGGCGCAGCUUUGCGACGAAGAUAAGGUCGAUUCAUUCAUUGAGGGCGUACCAGAGAAGACAGUGGUGAAGGCCCAAUCUACCAUAGAUGACAAUGGUGACAGCGAUAGUGAUACGCCUUUGGUACCUUCGGAUGUACAAAAGCAAGAGGAGGGCUGGGGCAAGAAGCGGCUGCGGUCUCGCUCCAAGGCAGCGAUGAGCUACGACGAGGAGUCAGAUGACGGGUCUAGUUCUGAAGAGACCGAGGGAUCAGCUGAAGAUGAGCAUUUGUUUGUGCAGGGUCGGUGCCACACGGUCAUUUUCCGUAUUGACAACUUCCGCCCGCGCGAAGAGAUCUUCAACGAGGCCGACUUUCUUGAUGCUGAGCCCAGCGGCGACGAAGAAUGGAACGGCAAUGACCAUGACCACGAGGAUGGUGGCGGGUAUGCGUGGUGA